GGACGGGAAGACGCGGCGUGGCCCACGCGAAAUAUCGCCGACGCCACGAGACGAGUUUUUGUCGCGCUUUCCCGGGCCGACGGAAGGCCUUGCUCGCGUGACAUUCAUCUCUGCGCGAGCAUUCAGACGCGCACUUGACUCGCGUGUCGGCGCUACCGACUUCCGGGCGAAGACAAGCCCAUGUGGACGGCCACGGCGGAUGCCACGAUCAGUCCGUGAUCAAGCGUGUUCUUGGCGUGCCUGUAGCUCAUACGCUCUCGCACGUCGUAGAUCUUUUCACCCCGGCUACUCCCCGCCGCACCAUCCGGACUCCGUUGUCGCGUCACCAUGGCCGAUCUAGACGAUUUUUUCGCCAAGAAAGACCGUAAGAAGGCCAAAGGCAAGAAAUUUACCACGACCGACGAGGUCGCCAAGAAGCUAGAAGAAACGGGCAAACAACGACUUGAGAAGCCCAAGCCGAAGGAGAAGCCAGCGAAUCCCGAAGGCGAAGAAUCCCAGCACACCGAGGAUGAAGACGAGUGGAAGGAAUUCGAAGAAGAAAAGAAAGACUACAGUGGUUUGAAAAUUGGACAUUUAACAAUAAAUGAUAGUGUCGAUGUGGAAUCAGACGACGAAAGGGGUACCUUCGAAGUUGGUUCUGAUGGCGAGUGUAUCGAGGGUGGCACAAAGUACACGGGACCAUGGAAAAAACCAGAGAAGGUGCCAGAAGCACCAGAAGUGGUACCGACACCUCCUGCUGCACCACCCGUUGCCGCCUCUACUGGAAGUAGUUACAAAGCACCACACUUACGAAACCAACCUACAUUUGCUAGUCCACGACCACGAGGAAGAAAUGUUGCACCUGAUAUAAAUAGUGAAGAAUACUUCCCUACCUUGAGCUCUAAGCCCCAGCAAAAUAAUGGUAGCAGUCCUUGGGGAAGACGUCAACAUGCCUACAGGCGGCGAGACGAAGGAGCAUUUGAAGAAGUUCGCAAUCGAGGUGGCAGUAGAUCGUACAAUGUGCCAGAGUCGCAAACUCAAACACCCAAGCUCUCCCUCGGUAACAAGUACGGCGCCCUGUCGCAAGACCAGAGCUGAAAACACCUAUCUCAAUGGAAUCAAACAACAUGCAAUCAAUAUCACACCGUCGCCCCUUCUCGCUUCAUGGCCCAACUUUGCCGUGAAAAUCUAUUUUCUAGACUAGGACGCAGUGUAUAUUAUAGAAUGUGUAUACACAUACACGCGCCCCGACUUUACAAAAUUCCGGGGAUGCUAAUUCCGGUUCUCCCAUUGAUGAUUUUAAAAUGAUCGCGGGAUGGAUCAUUGAUCAUAGAUAUUUGCACACACGUGCGCUCAUGGACUUCGUAACUAAAACUCGAAAUGAAUAUCGUGCGCAAGCUUAUUUUCAUACCAUGUAGACAACGUGAUUGGAAGUCGAUUUUUAUAUUUCAUUUUGUAAUCAGCAUAGUGUAUAGUAUGCUGCUUCCAGGAAAGCGUUAAGAUGGCGGAUGAAUGGAUUCUCGAAUCCUGGGAAAAAAAAAACGGCGGACCGGAACAACGUUGUUAUUGCGAGUAUGCAUUAUCGUUAUGCAGAUUGUAGUCUAAAGAAAAAAGUAUCGUUCGUUAAGAUAUUUUACGUGGUAUUCGCACUUUCUUUUUAUACGGUGCUACUUUUAAUUUAGCGUGCAUAAUUACUGCCACGAUUGAUGCCUUCUCAUUAAGUAUUAUCGAUGUAAAUAGGACUGAUCACGUUGACGUCCGAACACGAUAUGCUUCGAGAUCGGCACGACAACGUCGAGAUCAAAAUUUACACGAUUCAUCUGAACUUCUUGUAUAAAAGCUAUUCGCGAAUAACAGUCUCGAAUUGAAUUGCGGGAUGCUUCUUGGGCCCUUCCCUUUCUCUCUCUCCCUCUCUACAUUCGAGGGACAGUGUCGCUUCGCUCAAAAUGGCAACGUCAACGAACGAAAAUUUCUAGAUUAAUUAAGAUAUAUAUAUGUAUAUUAAUCGAAUUUCGAAGGGCUGGGCUUUGGAACGGUGCGGAAACAAUAAGUAAUGACGAAAUAAUACGAACACAACUUUGAGUGAGAGUAACGAGGGGCAAAAUAUAGCUAAUUAAAGUGUAAAACAAACUACCGUAUCGCGGUGGUGUUGUGCACAAAAUAGGAGGGAGAAAGACAUAUGCAUACACUCGUGUUAAACAUAAAAUGGGAAAAUCCUAUGUACACUUUUGUUAACAAUUGUACAAUUCUCUUUUUGUUAAUAUAAGAGUUUCUUUCUCAAGAUGAAAAAUAUGUGGUGAAUAAAUAUCGAAUCCGUUUCCUGGGGGACGAUUUCUCGUUGUUGGCGAAUCCUCCUCAGGCAGGAUGAUGCGUAUCAUUUGCAAAAUACUAUGAGAAUGCCAUAUGGAAACGGUAGAUAAUAAUAAGAAUUCUUGUGUAUAGUGUGUGAUAAAAUGUGAUUAUUUAUAAAUAAAUUUCUUAGGAUAAACUCAUACGUACUGCCUCCGAGCAUUUUUUUUUUAAAUUUGCUGUACUGUAUUUCGUCAAUCAACCGAUUCCCGAAGCGAGAAGUGCAACGCUCGAUUACUCGUAUGCGCGAGCAUCCUGAUUGAUCACCUUCUAUGAAUGUGAUCUAUAUCGGAAACAUAUUGGCUACGGAUAGACAACUGGACUGUAGUGCCAGGAGAAAUUUAACUUAAGCACGCGGCGGAAACGCGCAACACCGGUGCCUCUUGGAGACAGUUUCAAAUUGAUUUGAUUUCGCUGCGGCAACGCGGACUAGCCUGCCCUUUGUUACAGAAUAGUUGAGAUACAAUUUUAUCGCUACUGUUACAUGAGAGCGAGCGAUAGAAUGACAGGAAAUGAGAGUGUGUGAAAGUGUGGGAUGCGAGCGUACGUGACAUAUUUAAUAAAAUUCAAUUACCAAGA